CAAAAUACGAUGUGCUUUGGAUGCUGUUGUUGUUGGGAAUGGAGGGAUUGUUGUGUUUAUUUCUUGGCUGUUUGUCGAGAGAAAGUGUUGUUUGAGAAUUUGAAGUUAUUCAUUUAAAAAAUGCCACGACGGAAAAGGAGACAAAAACGCAAAGGUGGUAAAGAUAAAGAUAAAGACAAAGAUAAACAGGAGGCAAACAUUGUGGAUGAUGAGAAUGCGGAUUACUUUGGGGACGUAGAUGCAGAGGUGGAUGAGGAUACGAGGGGACCUGACAACGCACGGUUCAGUGAAGAACUGAAGAAAAAGUUAGCUAAAAGGAAGCGCCUCAAGGAGUUAAAGGAGGUGGUCAAAGGUUCUAAAAGGUUAGAGGCGAAAGAUCACGGGACCGAUGUUUGGUAUCAGGCAAAAAUCGUAGAAUUUGACGAUUCGGAGAAUGAGGUUCUAAUACACUUUGAGAAUUGGUCUCAAAGGUAUGAUGAAUGGAUCCUCAUUGACAGCCCAAGGCUUAGGCUGCUAGCAGAGGAGCCAGUUCAACCAGUACAAACUAAACCAACGAAACCAACGAAACCAUUUAGAGUUGGUGAAAAGGUAAUGGCAACAUGGAACGACAGCCGCAAGUACCCAGCAGAAAUCAAAGCUAUUGUAUCAAAGGGUGUAUAUAAAGUGCUGUUUUAUGACGGCUUUGUAAAAGAUAUAAAGGGACAUCGAAUAACUAAACUUGCGGAAACCAACUCUCAGCAGUUACGUGUUAGACGUCAUGCACGUGCCAGUAAUCCUAAAAGUAAGUCAGCACCACAGCGCUCAAAUACUUCCCGGACAAAUCUCGAACCAAAAUACUCAAAAGAGGAGCGUCGGCUUCGGAUGAGGAAGUUAAAUAUUGCCGAGCUUUUCCAAACAAAUAGACGUCGAAGACGCAGAAAAGGAGGUAAUUCUGACAACAGUGACAGUGAUAGUGAUGCCCAGAUUCAAUCUAGGCAGAAAAGCAGUAAGCUCACUGUGUCUGAUUCUGAAAACAGUGGUUUAGAGUCACCAUGGCAGUCAAGAUUACUUGAUAAUGAUAAUGAUUCAGAUAUGUGUGAUCGUGUGGAAGCCGAACAUAGAAGACAAAGGACAUCCUCGAGCCCUUUUGGUGUCAGUGAUAUCGAAACAAGGUCUAUGACGCGAAGGAUGUCCUCUAGCUCCUUAGGGGAAAGUGACGUCGAAAACAGAGCCAGAACACGAAGAAUGUCUUCGAGUCCCUUUCAAGGUGGUAACACCGAAACUAAAAUUAGAAGACAGAGGAUGUCCUCAAGCCCUCUCGGCGGAAGUGAUAUUGAAACGAGGUCUAUGACUCGAAGGAUGUCCUUAAGCUCCUUCGGGGGAAGUGACAUUGAAAAUAAAAUUACGACACGGAGCCCAUUUGUUAGCAGUGACGAUACACGAACGACACAAAAGACAUCCUCGUGCCACUUGGAGGGGAGUGAUAUUGAAGCUAGAACUGGAAGAGGAAAGACAUCCACUAGCCAAUUAGGUGGAAGUGACGACGAAACUAGAGUUAGGACGCGAAGGGCAUCUUUGAGCCCUUGUGGGGGCAGUGACAGAGAAACUAGAUCAAUGACACGGAGGACAUCAUUGAGCCCCUAUGGGGUCAGCGACAGGGAAACUCGGUCUACGACACGAAGAACCUCCUCGAGCCCCUGUGUGGGCAGUGAUGUAGAGACUAUAAUUAAUACACGAAGGAAAUCCUCAAGCCCUACUAGGAGUAGGGGACAGGCACGGACACCCUUGGGUUACCGCGAUGUGGAACCUAGAACUAGAUCUAGGACACGAAGUCCCUUUGGUGAUAGUGACAUUGUACGUAGAGCCAGAUCUGCAAGCCACAUGGAAUCUGAGACCUCAGAGUCUGAUAUUGAUCUAACGAAGAACUACCGGAAGUGUGUGAGUGAAGGAGAGAUUGACAGUAUGCAAAGUCAACUAGUACCUAAGCGUAGGCGCAGACGAAGAAAGCCGUGGGGGAAAACUCUGAGAAGGAAGGAAAGAGCUGAAUCCUCUACAGACCUGAGUAGCUGCUCGGACCAUUCUGCUGCUGAGUCAGAAAUAGGACCAACAUUACGGGUGAAAGAUUGGGCUGGCACUACACAGUCUGUGGCCGAAAAGAAUGUAUCAGAUGAAAUAACCAAUGACCUUGCAACGGUCUGUAUCAGAAGUGAGAAACUGCCUCCAGGAUGGUCAAAAUAUGCUGUGCAGAGGAAACCUGGCUAUAAUGACAAAUGGAAUGUAUACUAUGUAAGCCCUGAUGGUCAGAAAUUACUGAAAAAAAUAGAUUUAAUCCACUACAAGUCUCAUUUCCCUGUGCCUGAAUAUGAGUUUUCAUUCAGACCAAAGGACCAUAGUGAACUUAUUGAGGAUGUCCGGUUUCAAAGCAUUAAUGAACCGCAAGUCAGAGCUGAGUUGGUAUCAGCGACUCAAGGAACUUCUUUAACUGAGAAGGUGCUGCCAAAGACACUUAAGACUCUUCUUCCAAAAAAACAGACAAAUGAAGAAUCAAUGCCAUCUCCAGCUGGUGCUGUUCUGAAUGUCACACUGAAAAGUGUGAAAGGAGAGGAACCAGCAGGAAAAAUUAUUAAUGGGACAAUGGUUAUUGGCAAUCUCAAAAUCUUCAUAAAAGAUUCACAGUAUUGUUGUCCAGAAACUAAAUGUCAGAAGCGAUAUCAGAAACGGAAAUCUUUUAUGCUGCAUGUCCAGCGCAAUCAUCCAGACUGCUACAGAUUAUCUGAUACUCAAAAUACUGAUGGCCCAGCACAGGAUGAAAUUGGAGAAAGCAUAAGUUCUCAGACUACAGCAAAUUUUGAAGUAGCAGCAAAUGAUAAAUUGAACUCUGAAGAGUUGUUAGAGAGAACCACACCCAAGAAAGAGACAUUUGAAAAGAAGGCAACUGGGACAAGAAAUUUUAUGUUCACGAUGAACUUCACUCCCAUUGUGGAAGAGGAGGAAGAACAGGAAGAGGUAGGGAUAAAAGAUAGUAUUGAAAGAAAUAGAAAAGUUCAAAAAGAGUAUCAGAACAGAAAACGGGAGGCAGAGAAAGAGUUUGUAAAGCAAGGUCCAUCACAGUUAAGUCUUGAAGAGCUGGCAGAGAUACCUCUUCCAGAACCAACAGAGCUACCUGAUAGAGAUGCAAAUGAGUUGCCUUGUCAUCAUCAGAAGCUCAUUCAGCAGCCAGAACCUAUUGAGGAACUGGUACAAAAUGUUGAGUUUGAGGGUAACCAGAAAGCACACUUGGAAAAGGAAUCUAGCCAGGACAUUCAGAUGGUGUCUGACCAAGAAAUGGAACUCUCCCAGAACCGAGAGAUAAAGUCUAGCCAGGCAGUGGAACUCUCCCAACAGGAGUCUGGCCAGGAGAUAGAACUGUCCCGAGACAUAGAUAUUAAGCCUGACCAGGAGAUGGAACUGUGUCAAAACCGAGUUGUGGAAUAUGAUCAGGAAAUGGAACUCUGUCAACCCCAAGACCUAAAUCCUGGCCAGGAGAGGGGUCUCCACCAAAGCCGAAAUCUGGAUUCCGAUCAGGAAAUGGAGCUGGGCUCAGAACAUGAAUCAGAGUCAGGGCCAGAAUCUGAGCACAACACACUGCAGUUGUGUGAGCUGGAAACUGGCAGAAAGCAUGGCCAUCAGCAGGAGUGUGAAACUGAAGCGAGCUGGGAGCCAGAGCUUGAAGAUGCAGAAGAGACUGAACCUGAAUCCACAUCUGAGCUGGAGCCAGAGCUAGAUCCAAAUCAUUGUACUGAUUCAUGUACUACUGUGAAUGAUGAGUUUAGUGAAAGCGCUCAAGGGGAUAGUUCACAGGAUGGAGCAAACAGUUCCAGUCCAACAGUGAAAACCCUCCUCCCUAUAAUAAGAUUACAGAAGUUGGAAGAGGACAAGCAGUUGGGGAGUCUGCCAAUUGUUCAAAAAGUGCUGCUGGAGCAGCAGCGGCAACAUAAUGAGGCAGGAGACGACUCAGAUGAUCAGACUGGUUGUGAAACAGAAAAUAGGGUGCAACAGACACAUGGUAAAUCAUCACAUCUAAAGAGGUUGUUGGAUUGCAGAUUAGCACACGCGAAGAAAAGGAAACUAGGCAUUAAAUAUCCACAGAAAACCUCUCUGGAAGAACGCACUAGUCUAAGCAUUAUUGUUGAGAGUGAAGACUCCUUGGAGCCUAAUCCUGAACCAGUUUCUGAACAACACCAGAGAAGCCCGGUUGUCCAUCUCGAGAAAAUAACAUCCUCUGUGGACAGUAAUGAAUCUGGGCUCGAUGAAAGAUCCCAGAUGUCCUCUACGUCGGAUACCCAGCAGAGCAAGGAAUCAAGUGUCCGUGAAGAUAUAAUAAAUUGCUCCUGUGGGUCCCAAGAGGAGCAUGGAUUGAUGGUCCAGUGUGAUAUAUGUCUGUGCUGGCAGCAUGGUUUCUGCAAUAGUAUUCAAGUAGAAUUAGAUGUACCAGAAAAAUACGUUUGUACAUUUUGUCUCAACCCACCAUUGGAGAGGCAAGCAAAGAAGUAUAGCCAUUCUCAGGACUGGCUCCUCAGCGGAACGUUAUCAAGAUUAUCAGUAGCCUCCAGUGAUAAACAAGACCAGGAGGAAUAUGCAGAACUGUUAAAGACCUCUCAUGAAUUACUGUCUGCUUUGAUUCGUCUGAAGAAGGCUGUUUGGGCAACUCGCGUAAAAGCUGAAUCAUUGUGCCGUCUGGAUCAGUCUAAAUUAAAUCAAUGGAAUGAAAAAUGGGAUUGUUAUACUGAAGUUCCAACAGAUGAGGACAAUGAUGCUAAUGAAAAAAGUGAUGAUACAAUAGUUAAUGAAGAUGACAAUGCCAUUGAUGAGACACCAGUCCUGCUAGUUAAAGAAGAUAAUGAAGAUAUUAUGAUUGAUCCAAAGGAAGAAGGAGAAUACGAAGGAGGAGAAGACGGAUUAGCAGAAGAUGGAAUAUCAGAAGAUGAAAUAUCAGAAGACGGAAUAUCAGAGGACGGAUUAGGAGAUUACGGAUUAGGAGAGGAAGGAGUAGAAGACGAAGGAGUAGAAGACGAAGGAGUAGAAGAUGAAGGAGUAGAAGAAGAAGGAGUAGGAGAGGAUGGACUAGUAGAGGACAGACUAGAAGAGGACGGCACAGGAGAGGACGGCGUAGUAGCAGAGGACAUAGUUGGAGAAGACGGAGUUGUAGAAGACAGAGCAGUAGAAGAUGAAGGAGGGGAAAAUGUAGAAGGAAAACAUGGAGUAUUAAAUGAUGUGCUUGCAAGUUUAUCGAGUUGCUCUAGUACCGAGUCAUUGAACAGUGUUCCUGCUCCAUUUAAAACAGUGACAUAUGUACAGGCAGAAGACAGUUGUGGGCAUCAGGAGACUGAUAGAAUUUUGGAAGCAGGCUCAGCAACAGAAUGUAUUGUACCAGAAGACGUAAAUACAGAACAAGAUUCUUUAAUAAGCACGGAUGCCAGUUUUAUGACUGCAGAAAGUAGUUUUCAGUCUCAGGAAUUAAGUUUUCUGAGUCCUGAUGUUCCUACCAUGCAUGCAGGUGCCAAUUCUCUGGUAACAGUGGAAAAACGUGUCCUUCAUGAAGAUUAUGAGGUCCUCAGCCAGACAGUGCAGGAUUUCUUAUCUGAAGAAGAGGAGCCACUUUUGAAUGAUGGCAAGAGUGAAAAUGUGGGACUAAAAAGUCUGUGUGAAACAUGUGGUGAAAAUAAAGGUCUUUCAGAAAAAUGUAGCCAUUCAGCUGAAAAAUGCAAUCCAGACAGGGAAGAAUGUUCAGUGUCAGAAGAUUUGAAACAGGUUGAUAAACCCAAAACACAUGACAAAAGCUCUACUGGUCUGAUUAAAAAAACAGAAGAUAAAAAAUGUACUGCCAUCAGUAGUCUUGAUAUGGGCAAUAAUUGCACUCUGCUAGAAACAGAGACUAAAUCUACCUCUGUUAGCAGACCGUUGACAUUGGUAGAACAGAAAAUGGGCACAAGUGUCCAAAUAGGAGUGGAUGAAUGCAGUACAGCUCAGCAAGUACUGAGUAGUGAACGUGGAAUGAGAGUGAGAACAAUAAAAACUGACCCCAAAAUAACUGUACAGCUGGUAGAGAAUGUACCUAGUGUUUCUAUGGAAACAGAAAAAGGAAAAUCUGUUGUGGUGUUGCAGGCAGGAAAUGACAAACCAACAUUGCAAAAUAAAUGGAGUGACAUUGAUGAGCCAGUGCAGUCAGAUAGGAAUGAAUCCGAUGCAGCUUUUCAUGUGGGAAGAAGUGAGUGUGCAAAGAAGAAACAUGAUAGUCUUGUGCAUGCAAUGAAAGAUAUACAUGAUGGGACAAUGCAGGCAGUAAGGAAUAAAGCUGGUGUUCAGAUUCGUAAGACCCAACUUAACGUGACUGCAAAAGAAAUAAAGGAGCAGGGUGUUACAAAGUCCGUACCACAGAGGAAAUUUGAAACAUCUCAACAGACUAUAAAGAAUCACAAUGAUGGAACUACAGAUACCCUUCUUAAAGACAAGGCAUCUUCUGAAAACACUGUGUUGAGAGAAGGUUCUCACAAUACGACAAAAAGUGCUAGUACAGGUUCUGAAUCACAAUGUAGAGAGCAGGAUUCUUACACCAGUAUCAAUACUGACUUGUCUGAAUUGAACAAUGCUCAAACAGAAAUGGCUAAUGAAAAUGGAGAUGAUGCAGGAAAUGACUCACCAGAUUCUUUUGAUCGUAUAUUAAAUGCAUUAAAAACUGGAUCGGAAUCAGUUUCGUGCCAAGAAAAUUUAAGUAGCGAUCCAGAUUUCGAAUCGGAAUUGGCCAUGCUGGAAGAGACAGUUCACAGCAUAGAGUCUGACAGUUGUGGUCCCUCUGGACUGGAGCUAGUGCAGAACAAUAGUAACCCAUUAGGACCUCCUCCACAUCUAGCUUCUCCGAGAGGAAAUAAAGUGUCUGUAAAUAAUUACGGUACUGUACAAUAUGAAGCAGUUAUGGAUAAUGCUAGAGAUGCAAUUGUUUCAAAUAUUUUAAAUCAGACUUCUGAACAGUGUAUUAAAGAAAUGAACCCAGUGAAUAUAAAUGCAGCUCCCGUAAUCUUUGAGGAUUUGGUUUUACGAGACGUAGAGCCUGUCCAUGACAGAGUAAAAUCGUCUGAAACGUCCGACUUGCAACUGCCAAUGGAUGCUGCUCAGAUACUGCAGUUGGCAGAUAGCAUGGAAGAGAGCCUCUGCAGUUCAGAUUCAGAACGUCAUCAGCAUGUCCCAGCGACAGGACCACAACCUGAGGCACUAAUUGAAACUGAUGUGUGUCGUAAAAAUCUUGCAUAUCACAUUGCUGAGGAGCACAAAAAACUUAUGCAAGUGCUUGAUGCUGCUGAAGAGCAAGUGAAAGACCUAGAAUCUAAAUGUAUGGAUGAAAGUGAGAAGAUGAGACCUACAGAUAUUCAACGGCGUAUGAAGAAAAUUAUAAAAAUACUUAAUCUUGUUAAUGGCCUGACGAAACAAGACAGUGUUCAGUCAACAAAAAAUAUCUCAGACUCUAAAUAACAUUUUAUUUUAAAUAACAUUCUUGAGUUAGGAAUGAUUAUUCAUAUGCUCAGGGACCUGCAGAACAUAUUUCAUGAUUCUGUAAUUUCGUAUCAUACUAUAGGAUAUUCAUUUUUGUAAAUACAUUAAACUUACCUUUAUUUAUUUUGUUAAAUUUUAAUUUCAUUUGUGAAUUAAUAUAUGUUAUUGUUUUUCCUCUGUAGAAGAUUAGAUUUCCAAAUAGUUGGGAGAAAAUACUUUAAUGAAGAAUGAUACCAAAUUUGUGUUACUUAUACUUUCAGUACAAUGACUACAGUGUUAUUUUGGUAGACAAUGAGUGUUCUAAGUGUAAAUGUAAAUCUGUAUUUUCAGCUGAAAAUUAGCUUGCUUUUGACACAUGUCAGACCACAUUAGCAAACCAUUAAACCUUGACUGAAAUGUGAGAA